CGAAGUAAGUUCUACAUAAGUAUGCAGAUCUAUAUUGUAUCAUCGACGUGGAAAUUACAUCAUUCAAGUUUCAAUAUUUUCAAAUUAUAUUGAAUCUUAUAUUCUUGUAUCAUAAAAUUAUAAUCUUAUAUCGUAAAAUUGUAUUAUUAUAAAAUUAUAUUUAAAAUAAUUAAUUAUAACACAAUAAAUUUAAAAAAAUUAUAAUAAAAAAAUAACAUGCCGGCGAUGGAGUCUUCUGAAUCAUUAUUAGAUGCAAUUUAUAUUUCGCAAAAGAAUGGAAAUGAUGAAACAGGUGAUGGUUCUAAAACUAAUCCUUUUAAAACAAUUUUAAGAGCAAUGUGUCAUGCAGGAAAAGAACCAUUUCCACCAAUUUACCAAAAUUCUCCUAAGGAUGAUAAAGAGUAUGAAUUAGUAUCAAAAUCUCAAUUAAAAAAAGUGCAUAAAAUUUGGGCAAGAAAAGAAUAUAAAAAUGAAGAUAAAAAGAAAUUAUUAGAGGAUGAAGAAAAAAGAUUGAAAAAUUUGGAAGAAGCUAAAACAAUUAUAAUUCAAGAAGAUAAUACUUUGCCAUCUGCAAUUUGUAUAAAAAUUCGAGAAAGUAUUAAAUAUCGGGAUCAACGAGUAAAACUUUUAGGAUGGGUACAUAGACUUAGACGUCAAGGAAGAGCACUUAUGUUUAUCACUUUGAGAGAUGGAACAGGUUUUCUGCAAUGUGUAUUUACUGAUACUUUGUGUCAAAUAUAUGAUGCAUUGACCUUGUCUACUGAAGCUUCCAUUGAAGUAUUUGGAACUCUCAAGAUUGUGCCAGAAGGAAAAAAUGCUCCAGAUGGACAUGAAUUGCAUGUUGACUUUUGGAAAUUAAUAGGAACAUCUCCUCCUGGUGGUGCAGAUUCUAUUUUAAAUGAAGAAGCUCUUCCUGAUGUCCAAUUAGAUAAUAGACAUAUUAUGAUUCGUGGUGAAAAUACAUCACGUAUAUUACGUCUACGAUCUGUAUUGACUCAAGCAUUUAGAGAUCAUUUCAAUGAAAGAGGUUGUUAUGAAGUAACACCACCAACGUUAGUACAAACGCAAGUAGAAGGAGGUUCAACAUUAUUUAAGUUAGAUUACUUUGGUGAAGAAGCAUUUUUGACUCAAAGCUCACAGCUUUAUUUAGAAACUUGUCUUCCGGCAAUGGGCGAUGUAUAUUGUAUUGCACAAUCUUAUAGAGCAGAACAAUCUAGGACUCGAAGACAUCUUGCAGAAUAUACACAUGUAGAAGCAGAAUAUGCAUUUAUUACAUUUGAAGACUUAUUGAAUCGAUUAGAAGAUAUGAUAUGUGAUGUUGUUGAUCGUGUGCUUAACUCAAAUCUUGGUUAUCUUGUUAAAGAAUUAAAUCCUGAUUUUAAAAUACCAAAAAGGCCAUUUAAAAGAAUGGAUUACAAAGAUGCAAUUGAAUAUCUUCGGGCUAAUAAUAUAACCAAAGAUGAUGGAACAUUUUAUGAAUUUGGUGAAGACAUUCCAGAAAUGCCAGAGAGAAAAAUGACCGACACAAUAAAUGAACCUAUAAUGUUAUGCAAAUUUCCUGCAGAAAUUAAAUCAUUUUAUAUGCAACGUUGUUCUGAUAACAAACGUCUUACAGAAUCAGUGGAUGUACUUUUACCGAAUGUUGGUGAGAUAAUUGGAGGUUCGAUGCGUACAUGGAAUUAUGAUGAAUUAUUAGAAGGCUAUUCUAACGCAAAUAUUGAUCCAAAACCAUAUUAUUGGUAUACUGAUCAGCGAAAAUAUGGUACUUGUCCCCAUGGAGGAUUCGGAUUAGGUCUUGAAAGAUUUUUAUGUUGGCUUCUGAAUAGGUAUCAUAUACGGGAAGUUUGUCUUUAUCCACGAUUUUUGGAACGUUGUCGACCUUAAAUUGUAUUAUUUAUAUAUUAUUUAUAUUGAAAUAUAAAAAUUCACUCUAUUAUAGCAGAUAAAUUAUGUAAACUUUUAAAUUAAUUAAUUCAAUUAUAAAAAUAUUUCAUGAUUAAAAUGUAUACUUAUGUAA